CACCGUGCGCAUCACUUCAGUGGAAUAAGAGUGCUGCUCAACACAGGGAUAUGCUGUCUGUGCUCUGCAUUAACUUUCUAUGACCUUUUUCUUCAUAGUAAGCUGCAACCUGUUCAGUCGAGUGUAGAAACGCGCAGCCAGUGCACAUCGCGGCACGCUCGCCCAGUAUAAACGCACGGAGAGAACAAAAACUGCUCAGUGCAGCGGAGGCAGAAGCAGAAAGAGCCGGAGAGUGAACAAGGGAUAACGCGGCUCAUGAGUUAAAACGCGCUUGGCUUUACAGAGGAACCGACCUGGAUAUGGCGAAGACACUGGAGAGGCUCAUUGGAGUGGUUUUACUUUUACAUUAUGUGGGGAUUGUCCAAACCGAGAUCGCAGCCCUCAAUGGGGAUUCUUACUCCUAUUUGCCUGUAGACUCUGGAGAUGAGGACUCAGCAGUGGAUGUGAGGCUCUACAGUCAUCGGUGGAGAAGAUGGCUCCCUCCCAAACCUCGAAACAUGGACAGUAACAGAGCGAGCCCGGAGCAGGACCAGAGCGCAGAACCAGAGGAGCCGGGGGGCUUCCCUGGAGUAUUGUCUACAGAAGACUCAGACAACAGUUCACAGAUAGAGGAGGAUACGUUCCACAAUUACUACACAUCCAAAACAUACGGCCCUUCAGAUCCCAUGAGCAAAGACUUGUGGGUAAAUGUUGACCAGAUGGACAAGGAAAAGGUGAAGAUCCACGGAAUUCUGUCCAACACACACCGACAAGCAGCGAGAGUCAACCUGUCUUUCGAUUUCCCAUUUUAUGGACAUUUCCUGCGUGAAAUCACCGUGGCGACUGGUGGUUUUAUCUACACGGGGGAUGUUGUUCACCGGAUGCUUACGGCUACUCAGUACAUCGCUCCUCUGAUGGCGAACUUUGACCCCAGUGUCUCCAGGAACUCCACAGUCAUCUACUUCGACAAUGGCACAGCUCUAGUGGUGCAGUGGGAUCACGUCCAUUUGCAGGACCACUACCACCUGGGCAGCUUCACUUUCCAAGCCACGCUGCACAACACAGGGCGCAUCAUAUUUGCAUAUAAAGAGAUUCCUGUCGAGGUGUCUCAGAUCAGCUCUGUCAAUCACCCGGUGAAGGUGGGCCUGUCUGAUGCCUUUGUGGUGGUGCACAAGAUCCAGCAGAUUCCCAAUGUGAGACGGCGAACCAUUUACGAGUACCAUCGCGUGGAGCUGACCAAAACAAGAAUCACGAAUUCUACAGCUGUGGAAAUUCUGCCUCUGCCCACGUGUCUGCAGUUCACCAGCUGCAGCUCGUGCAUCUCAUCGCAAAUCAACUUCAACUGUAGCUGGUGCUAUAGACUCAACAGAUGCUCCAGUGGCUUUGACCGACACCGGCAGGACUGGGUGGACAACAGCUGCCCGGACGAGACUAAGGACAAGAUGUGCGACCUCAUGGACACCACCAGCCUCUACCCCUUUACUACCUCGAAAACCUCCAGAAGUAAAGACGGGGACAUAGCCUCCACCUCUUACCCGCCCACCAGUGUCCCAACUGAAGAUGAUACCAAGAUUGCUUUACAUCUCAGAGACAACCAAGCAGUUCCAGCGGAGAACACAGUGGACAGGAGCCCUGGCACACACCCCCAGCACACAGGCCUAAUUCUGGGCAUCCUCCUGGUGUCUCUCAUCAUGGUGGUGGGAGUUCUGGUUACUGUGUACAUCUACCAUCACCCCAUGUCUGCAGCCAGUCUCUUCCUCAUUGAGAGACGUCCAAGCAAGUGGCCAGCCAUGAAGUUCCGCCGUGGUUCGGGACAUCCAGCCUACGCGGAGGUGGAGCCUGUGGGCCAGGAAAAGGAAGGGUUCAUUGAAUCAGAGCAGUGCUGAGAAACAUCAAUUAAAAAAAACAAACAAACUCCAAAAUGUUCACCUGCUCCUGCCAACAAGGCUUUGAACCCUCCUGACCAGACGACUUGUCCCUUAGUGCUGUGUGCAGGUUGAUUCCACACGUGACAUUUGGGAUAUUGGAUAUGGUGAUGGGCAAUACCGGAGAGUGAGAAAAAACAUUGUUGAUUGGACUAGAGUCACUGACGUCAGCAAGUGAUUUGUUGCCAUUGACGACAGGGCAAAUGCUCCCUGAGGAUAGGAGCUGGGGCAAUUUUACAGUAUAUAUUUUCAGAACAAUACCUGAACAGAAAUGCUCACUAUAUUGUCAGUGGGGUAUACAGUAUAUGCCUUUGUAUAUGUCAGGUUUGUUUUUAUUUUUUUAUUUUUAGGGUUGGCACAUGUUUCUGUAUAGACCAGACUGUGGUGGCUGUUCCCAUUGACUUUUCCACGGAAGCAUUGCCACAUUAUGUAGAGCUCUUUUCCUGUCACUACAGCUGGGAAUAUGCUCAGCAAUCACUCUGUUAAGUGAUUUUUUUUCUAUAAAAAUAUAAGUAGUUUUUUUUUUUUUUAUUGUUUUGGGUGAUGGGCACACGCUAUCUACUUUUACAUAACUACUGUGCCAUGUUGUCCAUCGUUUUGCACAAUUAUUUGUCCAUGCACAUUUUAUUUUUUUCAUUUGACACGUGUUACUAUUGCAGAUUGACAAGACAGGCGCUUGUGAGUGUAUGUGGAUUAUAUUUUCUAUAGUGUACAUGACGUGUGGGAGAGGGCAGUGGUGACCUGGUGUCCUUAUUACUGGUGCAUUUCUUCGAGCUGGCUCUGCACAGUCGGUCCCUUUGACACACUGGUUGGCUUCGGUUUGGUGUGGUUGACAGUAUGGAUAUUCGAUUACUAUUAUUCUUUUCUAUGUUGAUAAUUUAAUUCAUUGCAGUUAAAUUGCAGGUUGUGUACAUACCAAGUCCUAAACAUUUGCAGAUUCAGGUAACUCAUGGCAAGCCUCUGUUAUUUCACAGUUGAAUACAAGACAUUUUAUUCCGUAUGAGUGGCCUUUGUUUUGCUACUUUUUUGCUUAAAUGUGAAAUGUACAAUUGUCAUAUACAAAUACAAUUUUCAGUAUCUCUU